CUAGCCCCAUGUUUUCUCAGACAUCCCUCAACUGCUUAGGCAUUCCUAACCUACUGCAAAGGAACCUCCAGUCACAGCACCAUGAACCAAAGUGCUCUUCUUAUUUUCUGCCUUAUCCUUCUGACUCUGGGUGGAGCUCAAGGAAUCUCUCUCUCUAGAACUACACGCUGUACCUGCAUCAGUGUUAGUGAUAAACGUGUUCCUCUAAGUUCCUUAGAAAAACUUGAAGUGUUUCCUGCAAGUCAAUCUUGUCCACGUGUUGAGAUUAUUGUCACAAUGAAAAAUGGGGAAAAAAGAUGUAUGAAUCCAGAGUCUAAGAUCAUGCAGAAUAUACUGAAAGUACUUCGCAAUAAAAGGUCUAAUAGACCUUGAACCCAGAGAAAAGCAUCACCACUGCACUACUGAUAAGGAUGGACCAUCGUUUUCUUAUGCAGAGUAUAUGUUAAGUCA